UAGCCAUGGUUUAAACUUGCGUGGAGAUCAAGCAUAACUAUUAUUAUGGAGCUCUGAACCUAUCCUAACGGGAACGCGCCGCCUACAACCGCUACAUGGCAACUCUGGCGUCGUCUAGCAUAUCAGUCUUCGCACUUUACCAAACGUGAGAUGCCAUAAUAUCGGCGACCAACAAAUCUUACGUAAACUUUGGCAGCAGGCGGGCAGGCGAUGAAUUUUAACGUACACGUAUAUAAAUUCAUCGACCUUGAAUGCAACCGACGCCAUCUAAAGCUCCGCAUAUAGUUCACAAUUAUAUACGUGAUUCGUGUGUGUUUUGUGUUCUAUAGACUAGCGGGCGCAUGUGUGCGUGUGUAUUUUUUCUUUCCCAUCAUUUUCUCGUGUAGUGUGAAAUAAUAAUUAUGAUACUUCUUCAUCGCACCAAAACGGAUUAUAAUCGUCAUUCCCGCGAAACAACGCCGACCGCAUAGUCUACAAGUGUUAAUAUGAUUCAAGUGUGCUGGACGGUUUUGGGCUGUGUCAAACAAUAAUAGUAACCGCUCAUCAUCAGCACCGCUAAUUUAUAAUGAUAAUAACUGUAUUAUAAUGGAGAGUUGUAUGCAAACACGAACGUAAAGACUAUAGAUAACGAGAAAAGCGGCCGUUACUGCUGUGCUGACAGCACGUGUUACAGGAGAACGUAUAAAGUGCAAUAGAAAAGAUGAGUGCUUCGGCAGUAAAAUCCUCGAUGCAAGGACCGUCAAUGCAGGCAACGCCAUCGUCAACACAUUCCAUCAUCCCAAUGAACAUGAUGGCGCAAAAAGUGGUAACCAGUACCAACACGGGGUCUGAGGCGAAUCUGGUAAAGCCGCUGCCAACCGCCACGCUAAGCUAUGCAAACCUGCAGCCACCACCAAGCCAGCCACUGAGCUUGGUUCAGGAUCACAAACCUUUGCCUCAACCGACUCUGCCUCUUCGCAUAAGUGAAAAGGAACAGGCAGACGCAGAAAAGACUAUCCUGAAUGGCACAGAGCCACAGAAAUCUGUAAUUUCUGAAGAGAGUGACUCUGUCAAAAAACAAAGUGAAGCGAACCAGCAAAACAAUAAUCUGAACACCGAAAAUGCACCGCAGUCUACGCCACAACCGUGUCCAGACCCUAUUCCUGAAUCAGCGGUAACGUCCAGCGACAUGCCAAGUGAACAAGAGAGUCCACUGGUUAAGGUUGAAGAGACGAAGACGAGUUUGCGGAAUGGUUCGAAAGAGCUCGAAGACACGCCAAGUAGUAACACACCUGUACAAUCAAAAACAACCGUCGAAGGUGGCACAGAAACCCAUCAGCGGUCGAGUAGCGUAGUUCCACCACAAGGUUCUAAGGCAACGCCAGAACUUCCGGUCAUUACACACAGCCCACCAAAGGCAGAUUUGCAACUUGAGACACUGCACAGAAAUAGGAAAAGAAAACCUCGGGAACUUAAAGACCUCAAUAGUUCUGCACUACCCUCGGAUGCUCAUGGAAAACCUAAGAGAAAUCGCAUCAGAACUCAGCCUUAUCAAAGUCCACUACCAGAAUUGGCCCUGAUUGUUAAAACGCUCAACAAAUCUCCUAGUUCGAAAGCUGCAGACGACAAACUUAUUGUGUUUUAUAAAAAUGAAUUUCUGGCUGUUAGGAAUGCCGAAGGUAGCUUCUAUGUUUGUCAAGCGAUGCAAAAUAUCUAUAAAUCGAGCCGGCGGAUUCGCAUUCGUUGGUUAUCGCAAGACAAAAAUAACGGAGAGAUUUACUCUCCAGAUUUUUAUGAUUUUACAGAAUUCGAUUGUAUAUUAACAAACCUGAAUUUGAAUAAAGUAGAUAAGAAUAAAUAUCAAUUAACUAAAAUGGAACUAUUACGAACGGAGAACAUAUUGAAGCGAGCCAUAGAUGUUGAGGCCGGUCUUUCCGAGAAGCCCAGAGUCACAGAGGAACACCCAGAUGGAUUGGAUCUGUCUCUCUUCAGAGACGAAUCGCAGCUAAAAACAACGAAAAAAGGAAGCAAAUUAAAACGUCGAACAAAGUAUUCAUCCAAAGCAGAGUCUACAGAUACCGAAGAUAAUCCCGAAGAUGAAGAAGACGAAAAAGUGCCUGCAAAACAGCCCAUAGCAGCGAAAAAAUUAACGGUCCCAAAAGUGGCGGCGGUUGCUAAAACGGUUAGUAAAGGAGGGUCAAACAACAGAGCGGAGCGCGCAGCAACUCGCAGUUCGCGAACCGCAUUACCAACGACCAUUGCGACCGCCGCCUUAAGUGCCAAUAAAAAGAGACUUGAUGACAAAAAACCGGAAACAAAAAAAAUUGCAGCUAAAUCCGAAAUUAAUAACUUGAAUACAUUGCCUAGGAAGCAGCCCAAGUCCUGCACUACAGCUUCAAACGUUGCUGGGACCAUAUCUUCGUUGAAUACAUUGGGCCGUCCGAAACGUGCCGGAUCCAGUACUAUUGGCAUCGCAUCGGCGUCGACUACUAGUGAACCAUCGGCACGCAAGAAGCCGCGUAGUCGAGCAUAAAAGUAGGUUUAACAAUACAUCACCCAUUUAAUUUUAUUACUAUUAUAUAUAAUACACAGUUUAUAGUUUAUAUAUAAAUAUAGACGAUACACAUGCAAGAUAACAUGUCUAUAAAUUUAUUCUAUUAGCUUUGGAGGUAUGCGUAAUAGAUACGAGCAAUUUGAACACUGAGAU